AUGUCUACUGAUAUAACAACAAACAAGGAAAGGAACAGUGAAUUUUCAAAGCAAUGGCGUCAAUUGAGGGCCUGUACAAGAUGCAGGAGAUUGAAAAUGAAAUGUUCGUUUGAAGAUCCAAGUUUCAAGUCUUGUGGUAGAUGUUUUAGAGGCGGAUACGAGUGUUCAUUUAAUGAAGAUCCGUCAAUACAACCUUCACGAAGAAAAAAAAGAAAGAUCCAAAUAGAUGAAAAUAAUCAUGUUUCAGUUGCUGACCAGUUGCUACUGAUAUCCGAAAACUCUUUGAAAUUAUUACUCGAAAAUUUGAAUGACUUGCCUGAAGAUUCGACUCAGCAUAUUAUAUCCAAUUAUGAACUAAUAUUGGAAAAACUAAAAGAAAAACUGGAAAAGGAUACUGGUGCUGAUAUAUCUGGUGAACUUCCUUUUAUCCCAUACAGUAAAAACUUAGCCAAGGAGUUGAUUUAUCGGUAUAAUUGUUUUACUAUUGCUGAAGUGAAAACAAGACUUGAGUUUUUUUUGAAUGAAAUACUACCCUUUUAUCCUACAAUUCCAUUAUCUCGAAAAUUAAAAGAUUUUGAUUAUAUGCUUGAGAAAUUCCCAUUAUUGUUGAUAGCAUGUAUUUCUGUUACUGUGUUGAAUGAUAAUAAUCUCGGGACAACACCAAUACUGAAAGACAACUUGAAACUAUGUAAUCUAUUGAGUUAUUAUCUUUAUUCCUUUAUUGCUAACGAAGUAUAUGUGAAGUGUGAACACUUCAACAUUCAGUUAAUAUAUGUAUGUUUGAUUCUGUCUUCGUGGUGUCUUCCGCCCAUCAAAUUAGGACAUUUUCGAAAUCAAUUGAACUCAUUGACUGCGUCGAAUAUCGCAUUAUGUAUGGGAUUAAAUGAGCUUCCGAAAAACUAUUCAACAACUCAUUUAGACGAAGAAUCCGAUUUGAGAAACAAUUUGCGAGCAUUGCUAAGUGUUUAUUGUAGUUGUGGAUCUUUAGAGUUGUCGGUGAGAAGAUUUAAAGUUGUGACAUGGACUCAAAAUCAUGAAACUUCCAUAAGUCUAUUAUUAAAAACUUCUACUAAUAACCAGUUACCAACUUUAGAAGACAGGUAUAUUUGUUAUUUUGCAAAAUUAGUCUCUACUGGUCAGGAAAUACUAGAUUUUUUGCAUCAGCUUGACAUCACGAAGAAUAGAUUAAAUAUGUCAUUAUUUAAUAUCAAACAUGUCCUCAGCAACUAUGAACAGAAGCUAUCGCAAAUAUUAGAUCAGAGUGGGUUUACAUCGACUAAACAAGCAUUGGUCUUACAAAUUCAAUAUUUUCAUUUAUUGGUGGUGAUAUAUGACAAUUUAAUAAGUGGAGUGUUUAAUCACCCCGAUCAACUUACACAGGAUUAUACAUUGAAAAUGCCGAGUUCAAAUGAAAGGGAAUUGUGCUUGCAAAUGAUCAUCAAAUUAAUCAUAUUAUGCGAAAAUCUCGUUGAUGAAUUUGUAAAACUAAAUGAGCAAAUAAUCAAUUUUCCUUCAGUCUUGUACUACCGCCCCAUGCAUGCCUUAAUCUUGCUAGUAAGAUUGAGACUAAUUUUGAAAUCCCAAAACUUUGACGAUAUCGAAAUAGAUGUGGAAUCAUAUUUUAGCAAAGUUUCUAAAGUUAUCAAUGAUAAUUUAAGGAAGAACUCUUUGGUUUGUUCGAAAAUGAAAGUUGUACUAAACAAGAUUGAAAAAUGGUUAAAUUUAUCACAAAAGUUUAGCAAAUUGGAUAGCGUGGAGAAAGAUGGCCCAAUAAAUUUUGAUGUUGUAAAGAUAAUAACUCAAAAUAAAGACAAAGAAAUCGAGAAUUUGGAUGUACCCAAAUCAUCACACAGGGAGUCCCCCAUAAGGGGACAAACCACUACAGAAUCACAUGAUCUGACACCUUCGAGUUCAAUUGAUAAUCCAUUUGCUAAUAGCAAUGAGUUCAAUGAUAUAAUUAACUUAGAACAGAUUUUUCAAGGUAUAGAUUCGGACAUUCUGCAUUAUUUAAAUCCAUUGGAGUCUAAUUUUGAUUUAGUUACUGAUUUUAAUAGAUUUUAA